AUGCUGGAGAGCCAGGUGGAGGUGCGUCAGAAGGAGGUGGAGGAGCUGCAGAGCCAGGCCCAGGUUCUCAGCCUGGAGGGGAAGGACACGGACGAGGUGGACGGCCAGCGCCGCAUCGUGGAGAAGAAGUUCCAGCAGCUGCUGGACCCUCUGAGGAAGAGGAAGGGAAACCUCAUGGCCUCCCGCGAGAUCCACCAGUUCAACAGAGACGUGGAGGACGAGAUCGUAAGUACAUGAAUCUAUCGUAGUCGUGUGUGUGUGUCUGUCAGUGUCGGUGUGCGCAUGUGUGUUUCAGAGAAAGAGUGAGAGAUUAUGUAUGCCUGCUUGUGCAAGUGUUAAAUGUAUUUUUAUGCCAAUGUUUAUAAGCUACAGUAUACUGAGUGUGCUUGUGUGAAAUGGCUGCCCUAUGGCAGUGUGGAACAGCAGCAGAAGCUGAACAGCAGAGCAGCACCUUGUCUGAAGGGAUUUAAGAACUAAACGUUUUUUCUUUUGGGGGGGGGGGCACCCGCUGAGAGUAGCAGCAGGUGCAUGCUUUCAUAGCUGUGAUGGUCUCUUUGUUAAUGUAAUGACUGUAGUAACUCCAUUCAGGCAGACAAGCAGGAGCAGGCCACGUGUUUUGACAUGACUGGGUUGGGUCUCUGAACUGAAGUGUCUGCAUCUGUGUAUGCCAUCAACUGGAUUUAAAAUGCUUACUUCAGUCAGUCAGAAGAAAAACCGCUUUGCCCAAGUACUUCCCUUAUUUCAAGUGGUUAGUUGUGGUUAAGUUUAGAUGCUGUCAUUGCUUUUGCUACAUCAAUGUGUCAAUCUUCCAAAAUUAUUCAUACCUAUAUCUGUGUUUUCCUCUUAGCUCUGGGUUGAAGAGCGAAUGCCACUUGCAAUAUCUACAGACCACGGAAACAACCUGCAAACAGUCCAGUUACUCAUCAAGAAAAACCAGGUAAGAAACAACCUGCAAACAGUCCAGUUACUCAUCAAGAAAAACCAGGUAAGAAACAGCCUGCAAACAGUCCAGUUACUCAUCAAGAAAAACCAGGUAAGAAACAACCUCUGUCAGUUUGAACCUUGAACAGUAUUUCUAUCUAUAGAAUAUAGCUCUUAGCGUUUACAGUACUUCAAUUAGAAUCAGGGUGACCGAUCUGUUUCUGUACCAGGUGACCUCAUGUAUUCUACUUUUAAAGCAGCUGACAUCAUUCUGACCUUCUGCCCUUUAACCUCUCCCCCACCAGACCCUGCAGAAGGAGAUCCAGGGCCACCAGCCGCGCUGUGACGACAUCUUUGAGCGGAGCCAGCAGGUCCUCAAGAAUGACGACAACAGCUUCAGUGGCGAGGGGAUCCGCCAGCGGCUGGCCGACCUGCGGCGCCUGUGGGCCCAGAUCCUGGAGGAGACAGGCAAACGCCAUGGACGACUGGAGGAGGCCCACAAGGCCCAACAGUACUACUUUGAUGCUGCUGAAGCCGAGGCCUGGAUGAGCGAGCAGGAGCUCUACAUGAUGUCAGAGGAGAAAGCCAAGGUGAGGGGCCCAGUGGGGCAGAGAGCUAAAAAUGUUAUAUAUGAGCAAUCAGAAUGAAGUUUGAAUGUGAGGUAGGAUGAUGGUGAUUGGGCCUGAUAGGAUGUAUGAUAAUGGUGAUUGAGCCUGAUGGGAUGUAAGAUGAUGGAGAUUGGGCCUGAUGGGAGGUAGGAUGAUGGGAAUUGGGCCUGAUGGGAGGUAGGAUGAUGGGGAUCGGGCCCGAUGGGAGGUAGGAUGAUGGUGAUUGGGCCUGAUGGGAUGUAGGAUGAUGUGGAUUGGGCGUGAUGGAAGGUAGGAUGAUGGGGAUUGGGCGUGAUGGGAAGUAGGAUAAUGGGAUUGGGCCUGAUGGGAGGUAGGAUGAUGAAGAUUGGGCAUGAUGGGAUGAGCAGCUGUCUUUGGUAGAGGUACAAUGUGUGUUUAGGUUAGGACUGGUGGGUUGCUCUUCAGUAGUUUGUUGGGGUGGAUCUUUAGGAGGGGCAGAGUUCAAUAGGAACUGGGGUGUGGUUACAAGGCAAGCUGCUGGAUAGGAAAAGGGCUGGUUGGUACUGGACAAGGGGUAUUUCUGCACUUGGUAGGACAGUAAGUUGUUGGUAUGUCAGGCAGAAGUGGGUCCUUGUCACAGAGAGAAACGAGGUGAAGGGUAAAAGACGUGUGCAGUGACCUGGGCAAACAGGGCCUUCUGACAUGGUUGUGUGGCAUGCUGGGAUAUUGGGUGUGAAAGGUGAGUAGGCAGAGAGUAGUCCUCCCGUUCAUGUUUUCAUGUCCUUUAGUAGGCUGGCUGUGUCCUUGACUCCUUAAUAUUCUCCUACCACAGGACUGGAUCGCUGUGGGACUAGUCUAUCUCUAAUCAAUAAUGUGCCCUGUACACUGAUUUGUAUUUUUGAUUGAUUUAACCUUUAUUUAUCCAGGUUAGUCAUAUUGAGAUGAUAAAUUAAAUUUUCAAGAGAUGCCUGGUCCAACCAAGACAGCAGCAGGGGGGGGAACAAUGUUUGCGACAAAUAUCAGACAUACUGUAACAACUUACAGACAUAGACACACCAUUCAAAAAAUAAAAUAAUCACAUAGACAAACAUACAUUUAAAUUACAGAAACAUACAAGUGUCAUAGAUAAAAAAUAUAUCAUAUGUACCACUGCAUCAAGUCCUAAUGUCAAUCACAUUCCUCAGUAGCAUGUGAGUCAACCAAACUUGUAAACUCCUCCAGCUGGUCUGGAGAGAAUUCCAAGAACACAGAGAUGAGUAGCUAAAACAAUUUUUGCCAUGAUCCGUUCUGAUUUUAGGAACCGUUAAAAGUAAGUAGGAGUAAGACUGCGACUGUUAUUUAUUUUCUGACCUUAUCAAAGAAGAACAGAGAUAACGUGGCGGUUUUCCCAAAAUUAUAGAUCAUAGUAUACCAAACUGUGCCUAUGUACUGUCUGUGCAGUCACCGUCUGCUUCUGUACCUUGUCUGUCUCUGUCUCUGUCUCUGUCUGUAGGAUGAGCAGAGCUCUGUGGCCAUGCUGAAGAAGCACCAGAUACUGGAGCAGGCUGUGGAAGACUACGCUGAGACUGUCCACCAGCUCUCCCAGACAAGUAGAGGCCUGACGGCCGCCGCACACCCUGAAAGGUGAGGGGUCUCGGGCUCAUCCUCAGGGUUAAAGACCCCCUCCAGUGAAAUGUGGAAGUUUAAACCAUAAUCAUAUCCACCCAUUUCAGACUAAAGAAUGUUAAGGGUUUAAACCCAGCCCAGAGUAGUCAGAGACCAGACGCCUAACUUAAGAUCACUGUAAGGUUCAUCUCCACUCCUGCUGAGUUGAAGUAGGAUUUAACCACCCAGAGAUUUAAGGCUUGACAGUUUAGCAUCACAGAAGAGAGUGAGGAUAGGAUCAUGUGGCUCAUGUAUAUCCUAACCCCCUCCCUGCUUCCUUCUCCUGCUGUGUAGUGAGCGGAUCGGUAUGCGUCAGUCCCAGGUGGAUAAGCUGUACGCCGGGCUCAAGGACCUGUCAGAGGAGAGGAGGGGGAAGCUGGACGAGAGGUUCCGUCUGUUCCAGCUCAACAGGGAGGUGGAUGACCUGGAACAGUGGAUCGCUGAAAGGGAAGUGGUGGCUGGGUCACAUGAGCUGGGACAGGACUACGAACAUGUCACGGUAUGUAGUGCAGCCAUGCCCCUUAUGUUCCCCUGUUGCCAGAGUAUCUAGCGGAAUAUGUCCGUUCUCACUUUGCUGUGAUAAUAUCCCUCUACAGAUGCUGCAGGAGCGUUUCCGUGAGUUUGCUCGCGACACAGGCAACAUCGGUCAGGAGCGCGUGGACACCGUCAACCAGUUGGCGGACGAGCUCAUCAACUCGGGCCACACCGACGCAGCAACCAUCGCGGAGUGGAAGGACGGGCUGAAUGAAGCAUGGGCCGACCUGCUGGAGCUAAUCGACACACGCACGCAGAUCCUGGCGGCGUCCUUCGAGCUGCACAAGUUCUACCACGACGCCAAGGAGAUCCUCAACCGCAUCCUGGACAAACACAAGAAGCUGCCUGAGGAGCUGGGCCGAGACCAGAACACAGUGGAGACCCUGCAGAGGAUGCACACCGCCUUUGAACAUGACAUCCAGGCCCUGGGGACACAGGUAUGACAAUAACGCCAGCAGCCAGAAAGACCAAAAGACCUACUAUGGCAGUUAACCAGCAGCAUACCACCCUGCAUCCCACUGCUGGCUUGCCUCUGAAGCUAAGCAGGGUCGGUCCUAGUCGGUCCCUGGAUUGGAGACCACAUGCUGCUGGAAGUGGUGUGGGAGGGCCAAUAGGAGGUACUCACCCCCCCCCCCCCCCCCCCAAAAAAAAAAAAGUUUCCAAUGCCUCAGGGCAUUGGUGUGUGCCAUCUUUUGGAUGGGACGUUAAAUGGGUGUCCUGACUCUGUGGUCACUAAAGAUCCAAUUUGUACUUAUCGUAAGAGUAGGGGUGUCUUGGCUAAAUUUCCAAUCUGGCCCUCAUACCAUCAUAGCCACGUAAUCAUCAGCCUCCAAUUGGCUCAUUCAUACCCCCUCAUUUCCCCUGUAACUAUUCCCAGGACGUUGCUGUAAAUUAGAUUUGUGUUCUUGGUCAAACUACCUGGUAAAGUAAGGGGGGGGAUAAAGCAGUUCUAAUACAGCCUAAACAAAUUAUGCAGCUAUAAGGUGAAUCUCUCACAGAUUUGUAAUGUAAAUCAUAGACAAGACUUGUAAACAUUUAGUAUCUGUCUACCCAUAUUUGUCUCUUUCCCUCCCCAGGUGAGGACGUUGCAGGAGGAUGCUGUGCGUCUGCAGUCUGCCUAUGCCGGAGACAAGGCUGAUGACAUCCAAAAGAGAGAGGGUGAGGUGCUGGAGGCCUGGAGGACCCUGCUGGAGGCCUGCGACGGCCGCAGGGUCAGACUGCUCGACACCGGCGACAAGUUCCGCUUCUUCAGCAUGGUGCGAGACCUCAUGCUCUGGAUGGAGGACGUCAUCCGCCUCAUCGAGGCUCAGGAGAAGCCAAGGUACUGUGAACCUGACGGGAAACAGUUUUGCCUCAGACUGAUAUUUUUUUUAUAGCUUGCCAUUAUUUCAGUGCAUGUCUUUUCUCCUACCGACUCUCCAACAAAAGCCAGAAAACAAGGUGCGAAUAAUCUCUGUAGUUUUCUGUAAGCAGCUUGUGGUCGACAGCUCGCGUCCGGAUUUAUGUAUCUAAUCCUCAGUGUUCUGUGCUGAUUGUUGUGAUUUACAAAGUUAUCCUCACUAGCUCACCCUAAAAAACCCUCUGUAUUAAAACCCCCUAAGGUUGAUGUCGGCGCCCCCGUGCAAAUCGAAUUAGCAUAAUACAAAAAUCCCCAUAGAAAUCUGUCAGUUUAAGCUAUAGAUUUGCAUUGAAUGCGUCUCAAUCCACAGCAUCCGCCUAUGUUGCACUUCCGCAAAUGCGGUGAAAGGUGACAGAGCUAGAGCGAUGUUUGUCAGACCAUGAGACAUCCCGAAAAUAAUCUUCUCACAAAAUUGUUUUUAGCGUCUGAACGGUUUGGCCUACAAACUAUUAUGAAGAAGAUGGAACGAUGAGACUCUCACGAACACAGUGGUGUUCUCUGUUUUGCUCUACGGCCCCCACACGUGUCUUGGGACCCGUCUGAAGUCGGUACAGCCGAUCUGCCAACUUCUGUCUGUAGCAUCCGAACAGUUUGGGCUACACACUAAUAUGACCCCUCUGUGGAUAGGUGAGACUCUCACAAACGCCCACAGACCUCACAAGACUCGUCUGAAUGUCCCCCAGUACCAGUUGAAAAAAAUGAAUGGAAUUACUGUACAUUUAUAUGGAGACUGUUUAUUUGGAGACUGUUUAGUGCCAAAAAUAAGAGGUUAAAUACAUGUACAAAAAAUAUAAAAUGUUUCCUGAUCUCAUAUCUCUCAGAUCUACUUCAGAGCAAACUUCCUUUUUGAUUAUUUUUUGGGACUAGUUGUUGUUCCAUGUAGUGAAUCUGUUAUUCAAUGCGUUUGUAUGGGCUAAUGGCAGUAAGGCAAAAAUAAUAUUUCAUCAAAUAUACACUACCGGUCAAAAGUUUUAGAACACCUACUCAUUCAAGGGUUUUUAUUUAUUUUUACUAUUUUCUACAUUGUAGAAUAAUAGUGAAGCUAUCAAAACUAUGAAAUAACACAUAUGGAAUCAUGUAGUAACUAAAAAAGUAUUAAACAAAUCCAUUCAAAAUACAUUUUAUAUUUGAGAUUCUUCAAUGUAGCCACCCUUUGCCUUGAUGACAGCUUUGCACACUCUUGGCAUUCUCUCAACCAGCUUCAUGAGGUAGUCACCUGGAAUGCGUUCCAAUUAACAAGAAUGCCUUGUUAAAAGUUCAUUUGUGGAAUUUCUUUCCUUCUUAAUGUGUUUAAGCCAAUCAGUUGUGUUGUGACAAGGUAUACAGAAGAUAGCCUAUUUGGUAAAAUACCAAGUCCAUAUUAUGGCAAGAACAUCUCAAAUAAGCAAAGAGAAACGACAGUCCAUCAUUACUUUAAGAUAUGAAGGUCAGUCAAUAUGAAGAACUUUGAAAGUUUCUUCAAGUGCAGUCGCAAAAACCAUCAAGCGCUAUGAUGAAACUGGCUCUCAGGAGGACCGCCACAGGAAUGGAAGACCCAGAGUUACCUCUGCUGCAGAGGAUAAGUUCAUUACAGUUACCAGCCUCAGAAAUUGCAGCCCAAAUAAAUGCUUCACGGAGUUCAAGUAACAGACACAUCUCAACAUCAACUGUUCAGAGGAGACUUUGUGAAUCAGGCCUUCAUGGUCGAAUUGCUGCAAAGAAACCACUACUAAAGGACACCAAUAAGAAGAAGAGACUUGCUUUGGCCAAGAAACACGAGCAAUGGACAUUAGACCGGUGGAAAUGUGUCGUUUGGUCUGGUCCAAAUUUGAGAUUUUUGGUUCCAAACGCUGUGUCUUUGUGAGACGUGGUGUGGGUGAACGGAUAAUCUCUGCAUGUGUAUUUCCCACCGUAAAGCAUGGAGGAGGAGGUGUUAUGGUGUGGGGGUGCUUUGCUGGUGACACUGUCUGUGAUUUAUUUAGAAUUUAAGGCACACUUAACCAGCAUGGCUAGUUUUGACCGGUACUGUAUAUUGUAUAUACUGUAUAUAUUUAUUUACUUUGAUACUUCAAGGGGUCUUCAAAAUCAAAUAAAAGAAUGAACCUUGGUAUGUCCUUCUUUUAACAAUUCCAUAUAGCUUAGUAGUACCCCCCCCCCCCCCAGCUUAGACAGGGCUUAGACUCUUAUGGGUUAAUGCUGUAGCUGUGGCACUGUACCAAAGCAAGGUUUUCUGCGGCUCAGGUUUUCGGCAGAUGGCUCAGCUGAAUGUAUCCCACCCACAGUUGGUCCUUUUUAUAGCAACUGGAAAUGCAGCUGCAGAAAAUGGUGUAUACUCAAUGCCUCCCUGAAUGUCCUCUCCUCUCAGGGAGACAGCAGCACACCAAGCCCUUAUCUGGCUCUGGUUUCAGCUGUAAUUGUGAUCGUCACCAGGGUCGACAAGGCCUCCAUUAUCUGUGCCUCUCAGCUGAAUCUCAGCUAG